ACUAAAGACUAGUAAUGACUAAUGAGUUUGCCAGAGGUAAUAUUGAGAUGAGAGAGGGAAAGGAAAAAAGAAAAGAAAAAAGGGGUGUCAAAUCCCGUGUAAUUAAACGACACUUAAAAUGUUCUCUAAAAUUGACCCAUUUAAUUAAGAAUCUAAAAUUGACCAAUGUUGUCUCUGAAUAUUAGUGCUACACAUCAAUCUUAUCAUUUCGUAAGAAUUUUAUCAAAACAUCUGUUAAUGUGCUGAUAUGACAUACAUAAGAGUCAUACUUAGAUCCAAAAAUAAAAAAUCAAUUAAGUUUCUCUGCCGCAGUCCGGCCUGACCAGCCAAAACAUUGCAAAUCCUUUCACAAAACCUGUCCCCAAUGGACUCAACCCAUACAAAUUAUUCUUACAUAAAAGAUGCCCAUGCAGUAGAAGUUUUGACGGAAUUAUAACAGAAGGAUGACAUUAAUUUCAAGCAUUUAUAUCCAAAUACUACAUUGAUCAAUUUUCAUCUUUGAAAUCUUAUUGAUUGAAUAGGUCAAUUUUAAGGAUCAUUUGUGAUAAAAAAAAACCCUUUUGAAAUUUAAACGACAUGAGAAGCAAAGAAUUUCAAACCCGAUUUGAAUUCUCAAUUACAAGGAAAGGAAAAUCAAACGAAUUUUAUGGAGGUUUUGGGAUGGGAUGGAGCCCUCUCGUCACGUGACUUCUAUGUCGCAGCACGUGCUUUUGCCGACAACCGGAAAGAAUUCAACUCCGACUUGCCUCCAUGGAAUUGGGUUCCUUCUCCUCAUCUUUCUCAGUUGCAGCAGCAGCAGCAGGGCUACUUGUCAUUGGAGAGGAUUUGCCUUCACGGGUCAAGCAAGGAAGAUGUUAAUGAAGAGAAUCACACUGGGGAAGAAGAGGCGUCCGAGCCCGUUGAUAAUGCCACUCUGGUUGAGACCAGUAGUCCUCAAGUAUGUUACUACGACUUCCAUAUAGUCUACAGUGAUUCAUAUCGGUUUCCCGUGCUGUAUUUUCGCAGUUACCACAUCGAUGGACAGCCCUUGGCAUUGGAAGAAAUCGAAAAGGACCUACCUGCUUGCUGCUCAUCGAAGGUUUUACUGGAAUCAAAAUGGGCAUUUAUAACUCAGGAGGUACGUAUUCCUCAAUCUCCAUCGCAAUCAAAAUUGAAGAAGAAAAUCUGUUCAAUGAAUCAUGCAGAACUGUGUCUUCCUCACAACAAUGGAGUAAACCGGACGUGA